GACUUUACUUGACUUGGCCUGGCUGAUUGGGCGCACGUUGUUUUGCAUUUCCAGGCCAGAAACGGUGGCUGGGGCUGCGUAAUAAAAUGCAUUUUAAUUUGGCUAAAUGUUCAAUUAAAUUUAAACAUGCGCAGUCCGCUGUUUGCAAUUUUGUGUUGCUGUCGCCGCUGCGUUGAAGUUGAGUUGCAGGAGAAGUGAAUGUGUGCGACAGGACCCUCUUCCGAUUUUCACCAUUUUCUCCUCAGCAGUAGGCUUGCAGCCAAACGCCGGUUGCACAAGUCAAUUUUAAAAUUUUCGACAUACGUAACUGUUUAGCCUUCAAAAAAAAGAAUAACAAGAUAUUCCAAAUUCCGAUUUUGAUAGAAGUUUUGGCAAAUGUUUUGGCCCACCCUGAUUAGGGGCAUCAGCUCCCGCCAGAGCAGCUCAUCCAGUUCCAGUAAGCCUCCAAAGCCACCGAAUCCGCCCAGUUCGCCAAAUCCACCGAAGCCCCCAUCCGCAAAAGAGGAACCCAAGGUCCGGACGUUUUGCAAGCCAGCCGCCUUCUGUGCCGAGGCGGAUGCGUUCAAGUCGAUGUGGGAUCCGCCCAAGAACCUGCCUCCGCCGUACCCCUUUGUGGUGACCCGAUCCAAUGAGUUUUGCUGCGGUCCCAACUGCACCAAGCCGCUGCCCUCGUUCGACGAGCUGUACUACCGACCCUCCAGCAAGGCGGGUCCCUACCAGCGCCACUGGGUGGAGUGUCCCAAAUUCAUGAUCCGGCAGAAGAAGAUCUGCGCCUACGACAAGCUGGAGGCCCUAAACCCUGCCCGCCGUGUGGCCAAGCGGCGCGAAAGAACCUCGGCGAGUCCAGCAGCCACAGGACCCUGUCCCCACUUCGCUCCCUUGGCGCGUUGUGUUCCCGGUCGCCGUCCGCCCAGAUGCCACGCGGCCAAGACGCCCUCCUGCUGUCGCAGACUCUGUGCACCCAUGCCCUGCUGGUCGGAGUGCAAGCAGCCCCCAUUAGCCAAGAGACCGCAUCGACCUCGCGAAUGCGAGUGCACAUUCGCCCUCAGCCUGUGCGAAGCGGAGCGGGGUCGUCAGUGGGUCAAGAUCCACGGCGAGAACCACAUCUGCCCAAGUGCGAUCAAAAAAGCCAAGAAGGCGAAGAGAGAUAGGCUCAAGAAGGAGAAAGACAGUCUUAAGAAAGAGAAAGACAGUCUUAAAAAAAUGGAGAAAGAUCGUAGCAAGAAAAAGAAGGACAGUUCCAAGAAAGAUGAGGACAAGAAAUAAAAUAUAUAUUAAUUUUUACGUUUUGUA